CAAGGUUAGUGAAGAAAUUCCCUCUCCCCGUCAUAACGCCUCAUCCUUAUUUGGACCAAUGGUGCUCCUUUUUGUCCUCCAGAAACCGAAUCUCUCAUCAGUCUUUCCAGCUGACCGUCGCUUUGCUUCCACACAGACACACACAGAGACAGAGAGAGCGCGCGCGCAGUGCUGAAGAACUGCGUGGCUGAACAUUAGCAUGACGCGCCGGAAUGCUAUUCGGACUGCGGGUGUGAUAGCUGACGGAUCCUCAGGCGGCUCCUCCCCAUCUCCUCCGUGACAAUACUUUUCGGUUGUUGUAGGAUUUUUUUUUCUUCUUCUUGUUUUGGAGUGCGUAUUUGGGGAAACAGAAGAGACAGAAACGGAACGAGCCUCACUUUCAACAGAGAAUGACGUUUUAAAAGUUCUCCCAAAACGCUAAUAUUGCCCGACGCCGGUUUUUAUUUUCCUCUCGAGACACACGCACGCGCAGCCUUGUGGUUUUUCUUACGAAAUGAACGCGGUUUGAGGCUUUAAGCGAGACACAAGCUGAAAAGGGAAAGGUUGGAUUUGAUUUGACCGGACUCAAAGAUGCUCUAAAGGUUGCUAUACUGUUAUUUACACAAGGCCCUCCCCCCCUUUCUUUGCUCUUGAGAGCUGUCACUUGCCGUUGACCGUGCUCGUGCUUGAGCUGCUCCUGGGAAAGAUGAUGGUCACUGUGAGGAACUCAGGAGGCAGCGCGAGCGCUUAAAGUCAAUGCCAGACAUGACAUAUGGACUGUGACCGCCGCCUCUGCUGUUUUUUUUAAAAUAUAUAGUUAUAUAUGAAUAAGCUGCCCGGCAUUUUUAUAAUUCUUUUAUUCCGUGGACCGUGCCUGCUUUAUUUUUUAAAUAAACAAGCUUCUGGACAUUUUCACGCUUUUCUACUCUGUUUAUAUGAAUCCGACUGUGCACUGAGAACACCGAUGUAAAUAAAUAACACCUGAAACGUGAGUGAGAAAGAAAACAAAGCUGAUAGCACAGCAGCCCUCCAGCUUUUGGUUUUUCGAGAAAGGAAAGGAAUAAAACCGCAGAUUUGGACUGUAAGUGUAAGAUGCUGCAAGUAGAAAUGGCGCUGCUGGUGUGUAUGCUGCUGUGGAUGUGUGUGCUGGGCCACGAGCCGAGCGCCAAGGUGAUGGCCGACCGCUACGCUGUUUACUGGAACCGCACGAACCCCAGUCUCUAUCCAGAUUACACACCAUCUGUUGGGAGGCAUGGAGCUAUGCCCGUCUCCUGCCGUCCAUGUCCUUUAGUGUGUUCCAAAGGCUCAUCAUUAAGGAAAUGCACUUUUUUCCUGCUGUUUCACCGUGGAGACUACCACAUCGACGUAUGCAUAAACGACUACCUGGAUGUCUACUGCCCACACUAUGAGGACUCAGUGCCUGAGGAGAGGACUGAGCGCUAUGUUCUCUAUAUGGUGAACUAUGAUGGCUACAGCACUUGUGAUGACACAGCCAAGGGCUUUAAACGUUGGGAGUGCAACAGACCACACUCGCCUAAUGGGCCACUCAAGUUCUCUGAGAAGUUCCAGCUCUUCACACCCUUCUCCCUGGGUUUUGAGUUCCGGCCGGGCCGAGAGUAUUAUUAUAUAUCAUCCAUGGUUACAGAGAGUGGAAGAAAAGGUUGUCUUAAGCUGAAAGUUUUUGUCAGACCAGCAAACAGCUGUGUGAAAAUCAUAGGGGUUCAUGAUCGAGUGUUUGACGUUAAUGACAAAGUAGACAAUUCAUUAGAACCAAGAGAUGAUACCAGUCAUGAAUCAGCCGAACCAUCUCGCAGUGAUGCAACUAAUUCAGGGCAUCAGCCCCUGAUGGCAUGGCCACUGAUGGCUAUCUUGCUGUUUUGCAUUUCUGCACUUCUUACCUUAUAGCCUCAUAUGUCCUUCCUGCAGACACGUCCCAGCAGCCCCCACUACUCCUUGCCCAAGCUGCCACAGUGGUUAUACAGGCAAGGGUUCUAGGCCACAGGAUUCCUCCGAGACUCUCCAGGAGCACUAUAUUUGGCCCUUUUUCCAAAUAUUUACAUGGUUCUUUAUCAAGAAGAAAAGAUUGAUUAGUAGUGUGAGGGAGAAAAGCUAAUCUGGCCUUUAGAAAUUCAGCAGAGAACUCAAUCAAGUUGUAACAUCACUUGGGAUCCAUUUAAAGUAGCCAAGUUUGAAAAACUGUGGAUUUAAAUGUGUUUUAAUUAAAAUAAACAUCUAUAAAUGCCUACGUAAAGGGUGUUUCCUGGUACAGAUUUGUGAGACAUUGAAAGUUUGGUUGUCUGUUUGUUCCUGUUGGCUUUUCCCCCAUCCCAUAAAAAUUUGCAAGGAUCAACAGAUUGUCAAACUCUAAAUUUGACUAAAACUGUAUGUCCAGAUGGCUGGAAGACUGGAGAUUGUGCUCAAAGGGGAAAAUGACUGUGUAUGUUUGUUAAUUGACAUUAUAUUGGAUUGGAUAUGAGAGGGAGGUAAAACAUUUACUCUCUGCAAGUUAGGGAUUUGUCUUAAUAGACCACAGCAUUAAAACAUUGCUUUUGUAUUUUGUAGGAUACACCUACUGCAGCAUAAAUAACUCUAUUUUUUCCUGUUGGCUUUUAUCUAUUGAUAGCAGCAUUUAACAAAUCAUAACUUCUGAUCAUAAUGACUGUGAGUGUGUAGCUCUGUGUAUACAGCACCACAUAAGACUGCACAUGGUUGACAUUAAUUCCCCUAAAAUGCUGGAUGGAAACAUUAGCAUCUCUUGCACUCAGCUUUGCAGAUAAGAUCCAGAGCGAGGGGAAAAAAUUUAUUUAAACUGAAGUAUUUUAUUUUCAGCUGCAAUGAAAUGGCCAUUAACCCAUGUAAAGUGCCCACAUAUUCUUAUACCACAUUAUGACACUAUGACACCAAAUUUCUUUAUGAGCCUGCUCUUUGCCUUUGCAUGGCAGCCUUUGAUAUGAAAUGUGCUUUUGUCAGGCCUGUAACAAGUAGGCUCAGGCUUGAGUAAGACCACAGUGUGCCCAGUUACACCUCUAGCUAUUUCCAGUUUAAGUGACUCCUUAAUGAGGUUUCAGUUUGGCUGGCAUGCAAAGCCUAUGCUGUCUGUAUUUGUGGUAUUGAAACUAGAAGGUUAAUUGCAUGGACAGUGCUGAGGUGACUCAGAUUUCCCUGGGACUUUCUUUUUAGCCUUGCGGUCAGAGUAUUCUGUGUGGGGUGAACACAAGCAACAGCUCGGACUGAGUAGUUGUGGUUAAGGCAUGGGCGAUUAAGUAUCUGGCACAAUAAACAAUGGUGGGAACUUUUGAAA